UGGUUGUGCAACCAAAGUACCUGAUUUUCAAGGUUAUCAGUGGCCCAUUAAUUAUCAAGAUUGUGUAAACAGAGGCCAGACCUGUCAAACUGCAUGUCAAUCUAGCACUGUCUCGGUAGAUAAGAAAGGACCAUGUAACCAAGCUUGUUCUGCUUCUUAUUCUAACUUAUGUGGUACGGCCAAUCAACCAGCAGCUUAUUAUAAUACUAGUGACGUAGAUGCUAUCCCAAGUUACGGUCCUCCAACAAAUAACAAUACUAAUAGUGGCAAUAAUGGUCCAAGUGGCUCUCCUACUGGAUCUAGUAACUCCUCUGCUAGCGACACCCCUGCAAAGAGUGAUGCAUCAUCACUUUCAAUAGCCUUUUCGAUUAGUUCUGCAAUUUCUGCUUUAGUUAUUGUGGCCGUUGGAAUGACAAUGCUUUAA